UGAUCCCAGAACUGCAUGGGAAAUAGAACACAAAGGCCAGAAGGUGUGAAACAUUUUGAUUUGGGAGAAACAGAUGAGAAAAAAUCCCAAAUCAGUGCAGACAGCGGCCUCAGUUUGGCCUCAGGUUCUCAGAAGAGUGAUUUUGACUCUGUUCCCAGCGGAGGACCAUCAGUUAUGGUCCGAAGUACCAGCCAGGAUUCUGAAGUUAGCACAGUGGUUAGUAACAGCUCUGGGGAGACACUAGGAGCAGACAGUGACUUGAGUAGCAACGCUGGUGAUGGCCCAAGUGUGGAAAAUGGAGGCAAUCUGACAGGAUCCAGGGGCACUGUGUCAGACAGUGAAAUUGAGACAAACUCUGCUACUAGCUCUAUUUUUGCAAAGUCUCAUAACUUGAAGCAGAAUGUAAAGGAGAACAAAGGCAGUACUCCAGGGAAAGGUCCAGAGGAUGGGAACCAGCGUGUCUAUCUCUAUGAAGGACUUUUGGGUAGGGAUAAAGGAUCUGUCUGGGACCAGUUAGAGGAUGCUGCAAUGGAAACCUUCUCUAUGAGCAAAGAGCGCUCAACGUUGUGGGACCAGAUGCAGUUUUGGGAAGAUGCCUUUUUGGAUGCUGUGAUGUUAGAAAGAGAAGGAAUGGGGAUGGAUCAAGGACCCCAGGAGAUGAUUGACAGGUAUCUUUCCCUGGGAGAACAUGAUCGAAAGCGUUUGGAGGAUGAUGAGGACCGCUUAUUGGCUACGCUGCUACAUAAUAUGAUUGCUUAUAUGCUUAUGAUAAAGGUGAAUAAGAAUGAUAUUAGGAAAAAGGUGCGUCGUCUGAUGGGAAAAUCGCAUAUUGGAUUGUUGCAUAGCCAGCAGUUAAAUGACAUUCUAGACAAGCUUGCUAACCUGAAUGGACGGGAACUCCCUGUGAGACCCAGUGGCAGCCGCCACAUCAAGAAGCAGACUUUUGUAGUCCAUGCUGGGACAGACACUACAGGAGACAUAUUUUUCAUGGAGGUGUGUGAUGACUGCAUUGUGCUGAGAAGCAACAUUGGAACUGUGUAUGAACGUUGGUGGUAUGAGAAACUCAUCAACAUGACUUACUGCCCCAAAACAAAAGUUCUGUGUUUGUGGCGGAGGAAUGGUCAGGAAACACAACUGAACAAGUUCUACACAAAGAAGUGUCGGGAAUUAUACUACUGUGUAAAAGACAGCAUGGAACGAGCAGCAGCAAGACAGCAAAGCAUUAAACCAGGCCCUGAGUUGGGUGGUGAGUUUCCUGUGCAGGAUAUGAAAACCGGCGAAGGAGGUCUUCUCCAGGUGACACUGGAAGGAAUUAACCUGAAAUUUAUGCACAGUCAGGUUUUCAUAGAGCUGAAUCACAUUAAAAAGUGCAAUACAGUGCGAGGAGUCUUUGUCCUGGAGGAAUUUGUUCCUGAAACUAAAGAAGUGGUGAGCCACAAGUACAAGACGCCAAUGGCUCACGAGAUCUGCUACUCCGUGCUGUGUCUCUUCUCUUAUGUGGCUGCCAUUCGUGGGAAAGAGGCAGAAAACAAAAGCAAACCACCUCGACCAGUUUCCAGUUGAUCAUGAUAUUGGGAAAUACCUACCCCACGGCACACUGACGUGCAGUAUUUCCAUUUUUACUGCAGUUACUGGAGCUCACUUUCCUGUCUUCUCUGAGAACUUGGUUAUUUAUGUAUGACCCUGCAAGUCUUUCCCCAUAGAAAAAUCUAAGACUUCAUUGCUCAGUCUCCUUCUGAAUUCAUCCUUAGUGAAGUUUUUAUAUGGGCUGUUCAUCAGACAGUUUUGAGCAUCAGCAUCCAGCUGUGAAUGGCCUACUCUGGUCAUUCCUUGGAAUCCUUUUUUUUUUUUCCUCUUAAGAUGACUAAUAUGGCUUAAGUUCAGUUGGUUUUUGUUUCUAGUGGUACUUGUUCCAGACUUAUCACUUUACAACUGCAGACUUCUGCUUUCCAAUUCUCUUGUGUGUAGUGAAAGCAGUCUGGUCCUGCACAUUGCUUAAAUGUAAUGUUUUCUAUUGUUUUCCUUCUAUGUUGUUCACUUUUACCCACCAUCAUGGAGUUCUUGACAUACAGUUCUUCAAGCCCUUUUGGUAAAGAUGAUCAAUUAAGCUACUAUAGUCUUAAAAUAUCACAUGUGAAAAUUAUAGUUUGGUGAUUAAAUUGGUCCAUCUGUGGAGAUGACUGCUUCUGAAGUGGAAAAAAGAAAAGAAAUUUGAAAGCAACAUAUCAUGAAAACCCCUGACAUCCUUUAAAUUGUUUGGAUUUUAGACUGGAUGGAAGUUUGAAUAAUGUUUGUAGGCAUUCCAGCAGUGUAGUUGAUAACAGUUAAUCGCAGGGACCAGAAAAUGAAAAAGGUAAUGUAUAACUUGGGAGCGUUAUUGGCAGAAGCUCUUGUAAUGUACCAAUGUAAUUCUGGAUUUGUAAGUGUACAAGACAUUUCUAUAGUAACAUGCAGAAUGUGCUCAGAAGCUCAAAGGAUUACUGUCUCCAAAACUUUCGAUCUAUUGCUUUUUUUCAGUCUGUACUUUUGUAUAUUGAGGAAUCUCUCAAAUACUCUGUUAAUGUGUAAUGCAACUCCUUCAGUUAAUACUAUCCAUCGCAUUCCUUAUUUUAAGUAGACUGAAUAUGAAUGUUUUUUGCAUCCUGUUUUUGUUAUUGAACUGUACUGCACUUGUCUGGAAAGCUCUCAGGAUGCUGGAAGGUGAGACUGUCUAGUGAAAAAUAAUACUUGUGAAAUACCUGGAAAAAUGCUCUUGAUGCAAACUGAUGUAUUGUAUGUUUUAACGUAGGAUUCUGAGUAAAUGAACCUGGAAAUAAUCCUGUUUUGGCUUGGUCAGGGAUCUACUAUUUUGAAUGGAAUACACUAGUAAUGAGUGAGGAAAAUAUGUAAAUAUUAUAGUACAACAUCUAUUUAUAGAAACUGUACAGCUGUGUGAAUGUGAAAAUAAAAUGUCAUUCAACCAGCGA